AAAGACGAGAAUUAGAAGCCUUGCUCAAAAAGAACAUUACCACAAAGCGUACAAUCAUUGAAGGAGGAGGUUAUACAACAACAACGUCAUCAUCCAGUGCUACCUCGCAAGCCAGUCAAGUCGCUCUCUUAGCGUCAAUGAGUGAACAAGAACGAAUUAAAUACUUGGCAACUUUAUCAUUAACAGAAAGACGAGAAUUAGAAGCCUUGCUAAAAAACAACACUACCACCAUCAAGCAGACCACCACCACUACAUAUUACGACGAUGAUCCAAAUAUACCUGGACCAGAACGUGUUGAAGUCACCACAACAGAAGAUAUCACCACGGAUGCAGAGACAAAGAUAAUAACUCCCGAAUCGGAAGAUUUGGAGACUACUGGUGCGACUGAGACUUUUAUUACCACCAGCAGUGGAAGUGGUGUCAAAGUUGGAUAUUAA